UCCAGCGAGGGGAGGGGGGGCUGCAGAGAGGCUCAGGCCGGAAGCACCCAGUCCAGUCACUGCAUGCAGAGCCCGGGGAGAGCACUGCGCCCAGCCGCCUGCCCCUGCACCCACUGCACUCACAAGAAUGAUACCGGAGCUUCAAGAGGAGCCCGGCAACCAUCCCGGGACUUCCCACUAAACAGUGCUACCCUAUAUUUCACUCCCUCCCGUGAUGGACGGCCGGGAGUUUGUUCCCCCUCCUCACUUGAGUCACCGCGGAGCUGGCAGGAUGAACCCACCUUCAGGCCACAGUGCGGUGCAGCACCCAGGACACUUCCAGGCCACCAAAUACUUUUCCUCACCCCUCCCAAUGGCAACCCACACAGCUAGCACUGGUUUGAUGGCGAACUCCUCCCCCUCCUUCAUGGGCAGUUUUCUGAGUAGUAGCCUGGGCUCUGCAGCAGCAUCGGCACACCCAGCAGGAACACCCUCAUCUCCAUCCGAAACCACAUACAGAGGACCCCAUGGGGCCGGAGCCUCCCAGAUCUGGUUCUCUCACUCCCAUGAAGGUUAUCCUCGUUUUUCCACUUUUUUACCCAUGAGCCACUUGGACCACGGAAACAGCAAUGUUCUGUAUGGACAACAUCGCUUCUAUGAGUCCCAAAAAGAUAAUUUCUAUUUGCGGAACCUUCCACCCCAACCGACCCUCCUGUCAACCAACCACAAUUUCCCCAGCAUUGCACGGGCAGCUCCUGGACAUCCCAUUGGCUCAUGUAGCCGGGACAGAGAGAACAGCCACAUGCAGAAAUCUUCCAAGGACAGUGACCGUUACCUAGGGGGCGCAGAUUUGAACAAGGAGAAAUUGGGCAAAGGGGACCUAAAGGAAAGGCACUUGGAGGAAGAUGGCAAGGAGAGGCAGAAAUUGGUGCUGCCCAUGUCUAUGGAUAGUCACUGUAAGGAGGACAUGCACCAGAGAGGAUCAUGUGAUAACAGGACCAAGCAUCUGAACUCUUGCCUAAUGACCUCAAAGGUGCUGAAUGGGGACCCCAGUAAAGCAUUGCUGUCCAGCUGCACUGUUGGGGCAGGAAUGCCUCGUCAAAGUAGCCAGAAUCGAUGUGCCAAAGACAUGAGAUCUGAACGGUCAUAUUCCCAGCAUGAGCCCCAGCAACCUUACAGCGAGUGCCUAGAGCGGAGGCAAAUGCUCCACCACUCUGUGUCAUACACUGUUCCAUCCAGUCUCCCCAGCAUUCCUGCUUCACUUAACACCUCCACUGGCUCAUUCCCCUGUCUGCAGCUUCAUUCCAACUCGGACGUUGUAUGCUCUUUGCAGGACAAAUCUGGCAGGGAUCUAAAGAUGGGCAGGCCCACGUUAGUGCCUUCCGUGGGGCACUUCACCGACAAAAGCCGGCCUUUUCAGGUGACCCAGGAUAACUGCCAUAUGGACAGAGGAGGAGAUGGAAAAGACAAGAGCCACAAUAUGAACUCUGACUCCCACCCCCCUGGGUCUUACUCAAAUACAUUCUCCCACUUAAAAGCUGAAUCUAAAGGGGAUAGGAGGUCAGAGUGGCCGCAGAACACAGCCACAAGGAUCAAAAACUUGGACUUUUUGAACAGUGGAAAUUCAGAGACUGUUAUGCAGAGGGGCAUUGAUAAAGCUUCAUACUUUGACAUGCCUGCACCACAAGACUGUCCCCGUCCUAAUAACCAGGAUGCACAUUGUAUAAAAACCAGCCAGUCCUGCUGCACUUUAGACCGAUCCUCCAAGGAAUCCCAGGUGCACAGUAGUUCUCAAAAAGUUGCAAGAAUACGGCACCAGCAGCACAGACCAACAGACAUGGAGCAAACGGGAAGUAUCCAAGAUGGAAAAAGAAAAACCAUUGAACUGAGCUCCUUGGGUUACAAUGGACCUCAUUUAGCCCCAUGGACAGAAAGUCCCAUGUCUAUUGCUGAGGACAGAAAGAACUCUUACCUUGACCCCUUUAGCACAAGUUUACAACAGGCUGCACUGAUGACUCCGGGCCCUCCUCUGAGCCAGGAAAUGCAAGGCCCCACAGAUGAGGUUUCUGCCAUGAAAAACCUGCUUAAAUACAGCAAUCAAGCACUUAUUGUGGGUCAAAGGACCCCCUUCGUGGGGUUGGGCAACAUGAAGACCAGUUGUUCCCAUCAAGAAAUUAAAUUCCACGGAAACAAGUGCCAGCCUGAACAAGAGCGGAUGGACUGUGCCCGAAGUAGAGAGAACGACGCAUCUCAUGGAGAAGGGGAAGUCAGGCAGCCUCCUGUUGGCAUUGCUGUGGCAGUGGCACGUCAAAAAGAUACCAGCAGCCGCCAUGAGUCAUCUUAUGGUUCAGGUUCAAGUCGACAGAGCAGGAAUAAUGUGUCUCAGAAAGGCUCUGGUCGGUCCAUGCAUGUGAUUGACCUGGACGCAGAGGAAGAGAGAAACCGUCUUUGUGAUGAGAGGCUGGGGAUUCCCGGUAGAGACCUUUUAAUGCAGGAAAACAAGGACCUGGUUGAGUUUGCAAGAAUCCAUCCUUCCAGCGGUUGCCCUGGUGACCUGACUCCUCAUCUUAUGAUAGCGAGCGGUUCAUCUCUCCAAGCCAGCCAAUUAGGAGCUGAUCCUACUCCACAUACGCACCCAACCCAUCCCCACUGGCUGCCCAGAACAAGGAGUCCUUCCAUAUGGAUGGGUGGCCCUUCAUACAGUAUUAGUCACCCAGCUUUGCAUCAGAACCUGCCCCCAGGAUUCCCCCCCUCUAUGCCUAGUGCCAUGCAACCAGUGUUCCCCCUAUCACAGGAACCUCCUGCCCAACUGGUCAUUCUACCUCCGGAGCCCUCUCCCCACACUGCUCCACACUCUCUUGCUGAUGUCAUGGAUCAGGCUUCUUUGUGGCCUCCGAUGUACCCUGGCAGAGGACCCGCCUCUCACCUCCAGCACCCAGGACAGCUCCCGGUCUACUCGCGGUCACAGUUUCUACGACAACAGGAGCUUUAUGCCCUGCAACAGCAAAGGGCAGCGCAGGCUCUAGAGCUUCAAAGGCAAAGUCAUCUUCAAAGGAAAACCGAGGAUCAUCUGCCAGAGUCUGACGACCCACCAGAAAAGGCUGCAAAGCCCCAUAGUAAAGCAGAUGCCUUAAACACUUCCAAGAGUCAGACCCCACCCAGCCUGCUGCUUCCGCCACCAUCUGCCCCUGCACAACCUAAGCUUUCACCCUGCUCUCACUCGCCUGCCCUACGGCCUCCGUCCAAAUGCCCAACACCCCGGCCACCGGCCCAAUGCACUUUACCGGCCUGCCCUGAUGGCAGCUCCGCCUUGGUGCCCAGCUCUCCAGCUGUUAGCCCUGUGCCCGUUCAAAGCUCCAAGGGGAAAGAGGGAGAAGAUCGGAGAGGAGAAGGGCAACCCCCUAGAGACUAUCCCAAAUCACUGGAACCAGAUCUGCCUCCUGGAUAUACCUACCCAGAGGUUGUCCAAUCCUAUACCUCUCCAUCUCCCCAUCAUGUGCACUCUGCAGACCCUGCUGAUCCUGAAACUAUGCAAACUGCAUCAACUGCGGCAGAACCUGAGCAGUCCAGGACGUUUACCCCUUCAAAAAAAUCCCCAUGUCGCACACCAGUUGCAGGGGACUCUUUGGAGGACAACCAGGAAUUGCCUCGCUUGGGUGAGACAGAUCUAAGUGAGAUUUGUAGCCAAGAACCCCAGGUCUCAAAGUCCCAGGAGUAUGAGGAAGGCAUAACCAGUGGGAGUUUCGGUGUGCCCGAGAAUCAUGUGGAAGAGAAGGAACAUGUAGAGUCUCAAAGUUUUGAAGCAAAUGAAGAGAAGGAACAACCUGAUGGUUGUAACACUGAGGGCGCAUCAGCUGGGCAGUUGCCAAACAUUUCUCAGGAGCCACCUGAGGCUUCAGUGACAUUGGAUGAACCUGGCGACAAGGCUAUUAGUGAUAUAGAUCAGACUUUGUUACAAGAGGUCAAUAAUGACCUGGACUCUGGUGAUGUACAGGCAGAGGACGAUGAGCAUCUGACUCCUUCACCACCUUGCUCACCAGUUGAAACAGACCAUCAUGAAUCCUUCUAUAGUCUGGAUACCCUAAUAGCUGCCAGUAUCUCCUUAGGAGAACUCCCUUCUAUUCAGGAAGAGGGGGACUUCUUCUCAGCUGCCGACUCGUCAUCUUUCCCCACAAGCUCAGGUAUUCAUGGGAUUGCUCUACUCAGUGAGUUAGCAGAUCUGGCUCUGCAAGACCAGCUGCAAGAUGCAAAAGCUACUGAAGAAGAUUUGCUUGUCUCUGAUCUCCAAGUUUUUGCAACUAUCGCUGCUGCAUGGUCUCUAGCCGAGGCUGAUAGUCUAGAAGGUGCUAAACCAACAUGUCACCUUGCCUGCUGCCCGAAACAGGCUCCUCGUGUCCGCCUAUCACGCCGGACAUAUAGCUGGACACCGAAAACAAAGCCUGUUUGUCUGCUGAAGGCUGCCAUUGACCACCUGGACACUGAGGAGGUGGACAUGAGAAUGAAACUGGCAGAGAUCCAGAGACGAUAUAAAGAGAAGCAAAGAGAGCUGGUGAAAUUACAGAGGAGACACGACCAUGAAAAAGAAGAGAGUUCUCGAAGUCCAGUCCGACGGGGUCCUGGGAGGCCAAGAAAACGCCCGCACUGUCGUGCCCCUACCUCACAUAGGCCGUACGAGAGUAAGAAGACCAAGCCUUUGAUCAGAAAUUUAAGCCUCCUAUGUACAGAUCUUCGAAAUGAUGGAGAACCCAAGAAGAAGAAGAGUAAAGUGUCAGAAGAGAGUUACAGUGAUCAAGACCACUCACAGAAGACUGUCAAGAUGCAUUGCAAAAAGAUGGUGUGCUCUCAGAACAAGCUGGCACGGAAGGUCUCUCAAUUGAAGAGCAAGGCGUUAGGCUCUGGCACCAGCCCUUUCCACCGUAAGGAAGUUCUUCCCACUAGUAAAAUGCAGAAGAAACUGCCUCAACCAAAAGGGUCAUGUUUAAAGGUCAAAGAAGGAAGUGAAAGGAAGGGGCAGGAGAGACAGAGGCCAGAGGGAGCUGGGGAAGCAGAUGAGGACAAUGAUGAGGACUCGGACAGUGAUGACGGAGAGCAGGAUCUCCCUGGCUUGUCCAACCAUGACAGCAGCUUAUCCAUUAAUGCACCUGGUAAUUCUUCCCUGGUAGGUCCUUCUGCCUCUGCGGUAGUGAAAAUGGAAGCCAAUCAAAAAGCUAAAAAGAAAAUUGAAAGACAAGGACUACUAGGUUCAUGCUGUAUAACCAGCCCUGAGAGUGAAGUCAAGAUUCGAAAACGUUCUGCCAAGUUGGAAGCACGAACCCACCCUGAUAAGCCUCUUAAGAAAAAGUCUUUGAGUCACAAGGGGAAACCUGAGGGGAAUAUGAGGCGUACAAUACAAUCUGAUACCCAGGCUCUGACACCCAGCAAGACUUUGUUUUGUACUCCUAACCAAGGGCUCAAAAAGGACAAAAAGAUCAAAAACAUCCAGAGAAAAAAUGGGAUAUUGAGUCUCUCCCUGACCUCUCGAUCCCCCAAGAAUCUUGUGAAGGAAGGGAUAAAGAUGGGACGAAUGAAGUCCAAACAGGAGAGAGGACGGGCAGUCAGUCGGCUAUUGCAGAGUUUUGCUGUAGAAGAUGACUUCCAGUUUGAUGAUAACAGCAGUUUCUCAGAAGGGGAAGAGGAAACCAGCUCAACGGCCAAGAAGAAAGCUCAUAUCUGCUCUCUUUCCAAGACGGACUUGAGAGAAGGCUUGCAUGUUCUGAUACCCAAGGAGGACAACUUACUGUACGCAGCCAGUAUUCGCAGUCUACAGCCCCCUGACAUAUACAGUGUUGUGAUAGAGGGCGAGAGAGGAAACCGGCCUCGCGUUUAUUCCCAGGAGCAACUUCUACAGGAAGCUGUGGUGGAUGUAAGGCCUCAGUCAACACGUUGCCUUCCUCACGGAACUCGUGUCUGUGCCUACUGGAGUCAAAAGUCACGCUGCCUGUACCCAGGAAAUGUGGUGAGAGGUUCCUCAAGUGAUGAAGGCGAGUCUGAGUCUGUGACUGUUGCGUUUGAUGACGGUGAUCGUGGCCGAAUCACCCUGAACAACAUUCGCUUACUGCCUUCAGAUUUCACCAUCCAGUGUACAGAACCAUCCCCUGCUUUGUUGUUGUCAGCAGAGAGUCGCAGAACCAAGCGCUUCGCCAGUAAUAGCACCUCAACAUCAGAAACAUCUCAGAACCCAUCCUCAGACACCCGAGAUUCAGUAGAGGCAUCAAGAAAUAAUGGGAAGAAAGCGAUGAACAAGGAUCAAACAGAUAAAAUGGAUGUGUUUAACUCAGGGGCAAAGACUCCAUUACCUGCUACCACCACCAACUUCUUAGGUCGCUCGACAAGUGUGGACCUGAUAAGCUGGCCUUCCCAAGGAAAGCGGAAAGCUGGCAACAAGACUAGCACCGGGCUCCAUGAUCCUUUCCAGUCGCAGGGGAAUGGCAAGAAACAAAAGUGCAGAGAACUGCCUCAUGUGUUUGGGAACGGCUUUGGAGCAGAUUCCUUCAGCAGUUUGGCUAACUCAUACAGUCCUUUUGGUAGUAGUGCCAACACUGGGAUUACAACAGGGCAGAAGCCUGUAAGGACAAAGAAAGGGGAAAAGCCAGAGGAGGUGGAGAAGGGGAAAGGGGGUAAAAGGAAGGCAGGUAAUGAGUUUUUAGUGAAACUUGAUCAUGAAGGUGUGAUGUCCCCCAAAACUAAAAAUGGCAAAGCUCUCCUACUUUAUGAUAAAGACUUUGGGCUUCAUAUUAGACAAAGCUACAGUUCUGCAUCAGGACUGACAAAGGACAAAAAACGGAAGCCACCUCUUCAUGACCAGCUAUCCAUGGGUUUGGCACUUGGAAAGUACACUGGGCAAACAGAGUAUGGUGUGAACUGUGACAGUGACUGUUCAUACUCUGACCAGGAUGAGGCGGAGAACCAGGGAGGUCUGCGGGCAAGGGUCCCCUCAAGAUUUCUUGCAGGACUAUCAGUUUCUUCCUCUUCCUCUGGGUCUUCUUCAUCUUCUAGCUCUGGCUCCAUGUCCAGCUCCAGCAUUUGCUCUACAGACAAUGAGGAUUCAUCAGAGAGUUCAGAUGAAGCGGAUCCUACAAUGCUUCUGCAGCCCUGCAUCACCCACCCCGUGCCUACCUUGUUGGCACAGCACACGGAAGAUGGUGGUCAAAGCUCCCAGGGCUGCUUUGUCUCAGAACAAAAAGUCAAACAGAGGAGGAAAGGGACACCUUCAAACUUCCCUAAAACCAAAGAGCCCCUACCUAGACAGCAACGCUUGCCCUCUGUCGAAAACCGGCCAAAGAUUUCUGCAUUUCUGCCUGCACGCCAACUAUGGAAAUGGUCUGGAGAGCCUACCCAGAGACGAGGAAUGAAAGGGAAGGCCAGAAAGCUGUUUUACAAGUCCAUAGUGCGAGGAAAGGAGACUCUGCACGUUGGUGAAUGCGCAGUUUUCCUGUCGGCCGGACGCCCCAAUCUGCCCUAUAUAGGACGUAUUGAGAGCAUGUGGGAGUCCUGGGGUGGCAAUAUGGUGGUUAAAGUCAAGUGGUUUUACCAUCCGGAAGAGACUAAACUGGGAAAAAGGCACAGCGAUGGCAAGAACGCGUUGUACCAGUCAUCCCAUGAGGAUGAGAAUGAUGUACAGACAAUCUCACACAAGUGCCAGGUGGUGAGCCGCCAGCAGUACGACAAGAUGAGUCACAGCAAGCGCUACCAAGAUCGGCAGAACCUCUACUACCUGGCAGGAACCUAUGACCCAGGAACUGGGCGGCUGGUGACUGCAGAGGGGGUGCCAGUGCUGUGCUGAAAUGCCACAAUGGGAGUUAACUGGGGGAUGAGGGUACCACUUAACUAUACAGCACUUCUUACAUUGAAACAGGUAGCAUGGACAACUUUGGAAAUCUGUACACUAAACCCCACACACCAGAUGUAUUGAUGGAAACUGAUACGCACAAAUCCUAGCCACCUAAAAGACACACAGUGUGCAACGACACACUGUUGUGUUACACUAAUACAAGACGCCAGUCUCCGAUGCACCUGUGUCUCACGUAGGUUGACUGCUUCUGAAAUCAGUAGAUCUUGCUCCUAAAGAGAGGACCAGGUUAAUAUAUUUCUACAAAAAAAAUAUAUCAUGCCCAAAUGAUGCCUACGGCACCUGGGGCAUACAACACUAAAGGAGAGCUCUGACUUGGUAAAUUGGAGCUUCUCUUCCCAUUUUUAUUUUCCUUUAGAUAUCUUUUUUUUGUUAAAUUCAACCCAUGGCACCUCUGUUCUCACCUUCACUGCUGGUCAGACUCCACUAGAUCCAUCAUGCGUUGGUGAUUCAAGUUUGACCGGAACGAGCCAAAUGUGCUUCAAAGUUGGGUGCAUUUUUAGCUCAAAAUCUUGGCCCUCAAGCAUCGGCCAUUAUAUAGAUGGUCUUGACCCCUUUUAGAAAGUUUGUGAACACACUGUACCACCUGAAAUGAUACAACACAGACCUACUGAUUGCAGAAGGCUAUGUACAGCCAUGCUAGGAAGCUCUUUCCUUUGAUACCUGCCCGAAAGAAAUACCUGCUCUUCUAUGGUUCUACAGUAUUACACAUCUAUGGAAACCUCAACUGCCACCGGCAGGCAGUGCAAUGUAGCAGUUUAAAGCACUACAGAAAAUUUUUGAAAAAAAAUUUGAAUGACAUAACGGUCUAUAUGCAGAAGCGGUCAAUGGCCUCCAAUACUAAAACUAGAGCGCAGACACAACGAGUAUGUAAUCUGCUGUGAAAUCAUAACAAUCACCCCAUCUUUCAAUUUCUGCAUGCACGUAUCAAACUGAAUAUUUCCUAGCAAAACUGCUCGAUCCAUUUUAUGAUCACUUUGUUUUGUAAUUUUUAUUUUUAUUUUUCAUUUUUUUGUAUUUUUUUCAUUUUUGUGUUUAUUUGUAUUAUUCCUAAUUUAUGGUCAACAGCCUCAAGUUUCAAGCCAUAUUCUCCCCAGUACCUCUUAACAGCUUUUCUUCCUGAAAGGCAGGAUCAGGUGUAAUAAUAUUCUAUUUAUUCACUGUGUAAAUACUGAAUUUCUUUUGGAAAGUUUUUAUUAACAAAAUGAAAACUACAAAAAAAAAAAAUCCUUGAAUCAAAAAAUCAACUCAAUGGAAAAAAAAACUAAAAAAACAAUACCCCCUUAUUUUGCUGUCGCUGAAAUAUAAAUUAUGCACUGUGUCCUUUGGCAAGGCUGGGAAUAUUAGGAAUUCUGUAUAAUUUGUAAUUAUAAUGGGGGCUACAGAGAAUAAAAGCACUUGGGGACUAGGUAGGGACUUGAAGGGGGAGGGGCAAUGAGAAGUAUCUAAAAAAAAAAGUCACAUUUAAAUGCUUUUAUUGUUAAAAACACCAAAUUCCUGGAAAUAUGUAUAUAGAUUGUCUGAAAUAUUUUUUUUGUGUUGUUUAAGACAUUUUUUAAGGAAAAAAGUAAAAGAAAAUGUAUUGGGAAUGUCAAUAUGGUCCGAUGGAAUAAAAA